AUGAUCACCAUUGAUGAAGAAUGUAAUUUGGAGGGAACCAUCAUAUCGGCCAGUAUUAAGAAAGAGGUUGAAAUAUCAUCUUUUGUUGUGCCUAUAGUUACCAUCGGGAUGCGAGCGCCAAUUGUUGAAGUUCUUGUGCACAAGCCUACGAUCAUAGCUUUAGUUGCUCAUACACCUUCGUUGGAUACCAAAGCUGUUCCUUGGAAUUACUCGACUGAUGAAAGGAAUAAAGAAAAAGGAAACAUAGUUAUAGAAGCCGCCGCUGCAGUAAUGACAAGAUCUGGGUGUUGUUAUGCCCCUGAAGGUAUUGUACAAGGAAUGCCUAAUAGAGAGAAUAGUCAGAAGAAAGUUGUGACAGAGGCUGAGGUCGAGGAUUUCUGGAGGAAAAUGCCAACUAAGGAGUAUUCUGUUGUGGAACAGUUAAAGAAAACUCCUGCCCAAAUCUCCUUAUUGGCAUUAUUAAUGACUUCUGCAACUCAUAGGAGUGCUCUGGUGAAGGUGCUGAAUGAAGCUCAUGUGCCAACUGAGAUAACUAGCGAGGGUCUUUCAGCUCUGGUGGGACAAAUUUUGGAAUCCAAUAUAGUUUCUUUUCACGAAGAUAAGUUGCCGCCGAAGGGCCUGGGGCAUAACAGAGCAUUGAACAUCACUGUCAGUUAUAAUUUGUUACCUGGAAGACCAUGGAUUCACAGUGCUAGAGCAGCCCCUUCCACCCUGCACCAAACUCUGAAAUUUAUUUGGGAUCAACAUGAGGUUGUGAUUCAUGGAGAGAAAAAUAGUGCUAUCUACCAGGAAAAAUUAGUCCCUAUUAUUGAACGUGUAGAACACCUGGAUGGGUCAGUUUUCCAUGUAAAGGAGAUCAUGUGUACUGCUCAGGUAGAGAACUUAAAGUUACCAUGGGUAAUUAUGAUGGUGGCCUUGGAAAUAUUGAAGAAUGGUUUUGUGCCUGGUUGCGGUCUUGGUGUGAACUUAGAUGGAAUAUUAGAGCCAAUUGAAUUGUUCGGACAGAAGAGCAUAUUUGGUCUCGGGUAUGAUCCCACCCCUAAAGAAGUUUCAUCGGCUAGUCUCAAAAGGAAGGGUGACAUUAUCCUGCCAAAUCCUAUUCCACUCUUGAGUCAGUCAUUUUCCAAAGAUUUUGUUGCCCAAGUAUCAGAAGAAGGCAUUGAAGAAGGCCUCGUUGAAGGAAUCAAAAACUUAUUCAUUGCUGAGGAAGAAGCUGAGUACAACGUGAUUUUGGAGGAUUGCAUUGACACCCUGACCAUCUGGGGUACUGAGCUUGGAGAUGCUUUGAAUAAUUGGACUUGUACCCCAUCCCCGUUUCUUUGGGAAUCUUGCAAGCAAACUAAUAAAUCUGCCAAUACUGUGAAUGUGACUUGUAAUGAAACAAGUGAAAUGAUUCCAAAUAGCGAACAAGACUUUGCGGAAUAUGAAGAAGAUCGGUUGGCAACUGAUCCAUCUUGUCCUUCUGUAAAGCAAAAGCCGAGAAAGAUAAAGCCUGAUUUGAGUCUGAAAGUCAAGGAGGAAGUGUCCAAGAAAUUUGAUGCCAAUGUUAUUCAAGUCACGAAGUAUCUCACUUGGUUAGCCAAUAUUGUGCCCGUGCCAAAAAAAGAUGGAAAAAUUAUACUAUGGUAUCACCAGAUCCUGAUGAAUGAGGAAGAUGCUGAGAAAACUACAUGCAUCACACCUUGGGGAAGCUCAGAUCACUGGGUAGAUUUGAAGAAAUUCUUUGACAGGCUAAGACGGUACGAUUUAAAAUUGAAUCCUGCAAAGUGUACAUUUGGCGUUCCCGAUGGAAAGCUAUUGGGUUUCAUAGUGAGUAGGAAAGUGAUUUAUGAACCGAUAUUCAAGCUGUUGAGAAAGAACGAUGCUACCAAGUGGAUAGAAGAGUGCCAACAAGCUUUCAACAGAUUCAAGGAGUAUUUGUCUAAUCCACCCAUUUUGGUGCCCCCAGAACCCGAAAGGCAUUUAUUGUUAUAUUUGUCUGUGUCAGAAAAUGCAUUCAGGUGUAUUUUGGGACAACAUGAUGAAACUGGAAAGAAGGAGCAAGCAAUAUAUUACUUGAGCAAGAAGUUCACGUCUUAUAAAGCCCGGUAUACAUUAUUGGAGCGUACAUGUUGUGCCCUGACUUGGAUUGCUCAGAAGUUAAGGCAUUACAUGUGUGCAUACACCACUUUUCUGAUUUCCAGAAUGGAUCCACUCAAGUACAUCUUUCAGAAGCCCAUGCCUAUCGAAAAGUUAGCGAAGUGGCAGAUUUCGCUAAGUGAAUUUGACACUGUUUAUGUCACUCGACAAGCUUUAGCUGACCAUCUUGCCGAAAAUCCUGUAGAUGAAGAGUACAAGCCUCUUAAAACUUAUUUCCCAAAUGACGAAGUUCUAUUUGUUGGAGAAUAUAUUUCAGAAGAAUAUCCAGGUUGGAGAAUGUUCUUUGAUGGAGCAGCAAACUUCAAAGGAGUUGGUAUUGGGGCAGCACUAAUUUCAGAAUUAGGACAAUAUUAUCCAAUCUCGGUAAAGCUCAGAUUUCCAUGCACUAACAAUAUGGAAAAAUACGAGGCUUGCAUUCUUGGUCUUAGAAUGGAUGUUGACAUGAAUGUUCAGGAACUGUUGGUCACUGGAGAUUCAGAUUUGGUAAUUCAUCAAGAACAAGGCGAAUGGAGUGUCAAGAACGUGAAGCUACUUCCAUAUCUGGAGUGCAUGAAAGAGUUGUGCAAGAAGUUUAUCAUGGUUGAAUUUAAGCAUGUCCCAAGAAUUCAGAAUGAGUUACCAGAUGCACUGGCGACCUUGUCCUCUAUGAUUCAACAUCCAGACAAGAAUUUCAUAGAUCCUAUCAAGGUAAAUGUACAAGACCAACCAACAUACUGUUUUCACAUUGAUGAGGAGCUGGAUGGAAAACCUUGGUACUACGACAUCAAGAGGUAUCUCAAGAAGGGAGACUAUCCAGAAGGUGUGGCUAGCAUUCAGAAGAAAACACUUCGAAGAUUGGCAAAUCACUUUUUCCUAAAUGGAGAAAUCCUUUAUAGGAGAAAUCUAGAUUUAGGAUUGUUAAGGUGUGUCGACGCUCAGGAGGCAACCAGGUUAGUCGAAGAAAUACAUGGGGGCAUGUGCGGGCCACAUAUGAAUGGUUUUAUUUUGGAAAAGAAAAUUCUUCGGGCUGGCUAUUUUUGGAUGACAAUGGAAACAGAUUACAUUCGCUUUGUGCAAAAAUUCCACCAAUGUCAGAUUCAUGGUGACUUGAUUCAUGUUCCGCCAAAUAAACUCAAUGUGACGAGUUCUCCUUGGCCGUUUGCAGCUUGGGGCAUGAAUGUCAUCAUCCCUAUUGAGUCAUCUGCAUUAAAUGUACAUUAGUAUUUGGUAGCUAUCGAUUAUUUCACCAAAUGGGUGGAAGCUUCCUCAUACAGAUCUGUAACAAAGAAGGUGGUGACAGAUUUUGUUUGCAAUAACAUUAUUUGUCGAUUUGGAGUUCCGAAAUCAAUUAUAACAGAUAAUGGAGCUAAUCUCAAUAGCGGCUUAAUGCGUGAGAUAUACGAGAAGUUUAAGAUUAAUCAUCAUAAUUCCACCCCUUACCGUCCUCAGAUAAAUGGAGUAGUUGAGGCCACCAAUAAAAACAUCAAGUGGAUAUUAAGGAAAAUGAUUGAUAACUACAAGCACUGGCAUGAGAAUUUGCCAUUUUCCCUUCUCGUCUAUCACACCACUAUUAGGACCUCUACUGGAGCAACACCCUAUCUGUUGGUUUAUGGAACAGAAGUAGUGUUACCCGCAGAAGUAGAGAUACCGUCUUUGAGAAUCAUUCAGGAAGCUAAAUUGAGUGAUGCCCAAUGGAUUCAAAAUCGGUAUGAACAAUUGAUGCUAAUUGAUGAAAAGAGGAUGAACGGAGUUUAUCAUGGGCAACUUUAUCAGAAUAGAAUGGCCAGAGCCUUCAACAAGAAGGUGCGAUUGAGAUAAUUUAAGCUGGGACAAUUGGUGUUGAAGCAUAUAUUUCCGCACCAGAAUGAAUCUAAAGGAAAAUUUGCACCCAACUGGCAAGGGCCUUAUAUUGUUCACCGAGUAAUCACCGGCGGAGCACUGAUCCUAGCAGAAAUGGAUGGCGAAGUGUGGCCGAAAGCCAUAAAUGCUGAUGUUGUUAAGAGAUACUAUGUCUAG